AUUAUGUUGUUAGGUUCAUGUAUGUUUACAAUUGGUAUAUUGCUUGAUGAAGUACCCAAUUACCAUUAUAAAAUAUCCUUUUUUUGUCUCUAUUUUUUUUUAAUGUGGAAAAAGAUAUUCAAAGUGUACUAUUAACACAAAAAGAAUUCAGUAGCACUAGGUCAUUCCUUUAGGCUUCAGUUAUUUUAUCCACAGGAAGAUGAAUUAACAGUAAAUAAAACCAGUUCUUUUUGUGUACCAGUGAAAAAAAUCUCAAAAUUAUUAAACUCAAAUAACAAAUGCUAACAUGCUGCAUUAGGCUCCCCUGCUCCUCUGGUAUACAGUAUUUUCACUCUUAGGUGGUCCCUUUCUCAGUUACUCGGCUCCUUGUUGGUUCUAUCCUUACUCUCUCCACAAGAUAUAUAAGCAGAGAAUAAAUAAGUAAAUAUUUUUAAAGCAGGGGUUGAAACCCCUGCCCUUUUCCUUUCUACCUCUUAGAAACCUUCAGCUCUCAUUUGCAUACUUAGGACCGGAGACCAACUUACUAAGGGAAGCAGGGCCCAUAAGGAAUGAACAGGGUACGGAGAGCCUCAGCUUCUUUCUGUGGUGGUGGUGAUUCCGGAAUAUGCCAUUGACGUGGGUAAAAGGUUGGAAAUGUCAGAUUAACAUUUUUAAUCUUAGACCCAUUUGUCUGGUAUUCAUAUAGCCACUCAGAUCUCUUUUGGUUACUCUUUUCAUGGUACUGUUUUUUCCACUUUUUUGCUCUCAAACUAUUUGUAUUUUUGAAACUGAAGUGCGUUGCUUACAGAGAGCAUAUAAUUAGGUCAUAUGAUUGUUGGCCUUUUAGCCAUUCUCUACCUUUUAACUGGAGAGUUAACUUACAUUUAAAAUAAUUAUUAAUAUUAGAUUUAUGUCUGCUUUUUAACAAUUUCUUAUAUACUGUACCCUGUCUUUUUUAUUUCUCAAUUCUUCCACUGCUGUGCCAUUUUAAUAGCCUUGUUUUUUGUUUGUUUGUAUACAUUUUUGAGUUAGUUUCUUAGUGGUCACUUGGGGAUUAUAAUUAAAACCUUAAUUUAUAACCAUCUAGUUUAGAUUAAAACAAAUUUAAUUUCAAUUGUAUAUAAAAACCUUGUUCAUAUAUUUCUGUCCCCUUUCUCUUGUUAUUAUCACAAAUUUCAUCUUUAUACAUAUUGAGCCCAUCAACACAGACUUAUGAUCAUUGCUUUAAGCUGUUGUCUCUUAAAUCACAUAGGAGAAUACAAAGAGUGAUAAGCAAAAAAUACAUUCAUACUGACUUUAGUAUUUAUGUAGUUUUACUGAUGCACUUAACUUCUUUAUGUAGAUCCAAGUUACUGUCUAGUGUCUUCUUUUUAAGCUGGAAUAACUUCCUCUAGUACUUUUUAGGUCAGGUUUGUUUUCAAAAUAAAUUGAAAAGUAUUUUCAGUUGUUGUUUUUCUGCAAUAUCUUAAUUUCGCCUUUAUUUUUGAAUGAUAGAUUUUCUGGGUAUAAAAUUCUUGGUUGCUAAUUGAAUAUGUCUUCCCACUGGCUUCUGGUGUCCCUAGAUUUUGAUGUAAAAAUUUGGUGUUAAAAUAUUAUUGAGUAUUCUUUGUAUGUGAUGAGCCACUUGCUUGCUGCUUUUAAGAUUCCUUGUCUUUCUCUUUACAGAGUUUUUUAUGAGGUGUCUAGCUCUGGGUCUCUGAUUUGUGCUACUUGUAAUUUCUUUAACUUCCUGAAUGUGUCAAUUAAUGUUUCUCAUCAAAUCAGAACAUUUUCAGCCAUUAUUUCUUCAAAUACCCUUUCUGCCACUUUCUCUUUUAUUCUCCUUCUGGAGUUCCCAUUAUGUAUAUGCUGGUAUAUGAUGGUCUCCCAUAAGUCUCUGAAGAUCUGUUCCUUUUUCCUCAUUCUUUUAUCCUUAGACUGCAUAAUCUCAGACUAUCUACCACUUUGUGGAGAAAGCUCUGCACAAUCAGUAGUUUUGAGUCAGUUUUGUAAGUGGAGUCUUCCAGGAAAUUAUCUGUGGGAAUUCACACAGGGUGGUAGCAAAAAUAUUAAGGGAAAAAUAUUAGAGAAAGUUAUAGAAUGUAGUUUCAAACGCUUUUGGAAGGCCUAAGGGUUUUUUUCUAUAGUUCUUGGCUAAAGGCAGCCUUGUCCCCUUAGUUAAAUAAAUUAGAUUAGAAACAAAGGAAUGUGGGAGUUUACCUAACUAACUUGUUUACUCAUGUGGUCUUAACACUAACCUUUGAGCCAGAUAGCCCUCUGGCAGGUGGGAAGGUCAACCAGGGAUAUUACCCAAUAAUGGUGUUUGCUUUAGGCAUCCGGAACCUGUCCCUUGAUCUUUAACCUCUAGUGGUGUCGACUCAAGCCUUUGUCAAUUAAACUUUAUGAAAUAAAUGCAAAUCACACUGGCUAGUGGGGGCUGGCAGUUGCAACUGUUUACAGUGCUCUCCAGGGAGACUGUAAGCAGCCAUGGAACCUCAGCUGAACUGGCAAAGCAUAAUAUCUGUGUGUCAGUGUAUUUUAUUCAUUCAUAGCUGAGUCAGGGUCUGCAGGACAGAGCCCUGCCGGUGUUGACCCCGACAGUGGCACCCAGUGGAGGUGACCCUGACAAUUACCAAACAAAUCAAAUAAUGACAAGGGUUUGGGAAUAAAACCUGGAAAUAAAUCCAACUCCAUUUUACUUCUGGCAUCUGCCAGUAUGUGCCAGGAAUAUUGGCUGUGUUUUCUUUUUUUUUAAAACUGCUGAGCUGAGAGGAACAGGGACAAGUCAAAAUGCCAUAAAGUUUCUUGUUCUUACAGAAAUCCAGUUUUUCUUGAAUAAACAAUCCUCAGUUGCUGUAGUUUCCAGAGUUCUGAAAAAGUUGACUGUCAUAAUUUUUUGCCAGGUUUUUCAUUGCUUUUAUGGUGUUACUAAUUUUUGUAGUUUUUACCCUGCCGUUUUCACUGACAUUCUCCAGGAUUUAUUUUCUGUCCAAACCUUCUGAGGAUCUGUGCAUGCUGUUUUUCUAGGAUAGGACCCUGGGACAGUGGAAAACUUCAUAUAGCCUGGAGACCUUGUCACAAGUGCAUGAAAUUACAGAGCACUCUGUGGAGGAAGCUUCCUGAGGCCUCCCUAGAAGCUGAGCAGAUGCCAGCAUCAUGCUUUCUGUACAGCCGCAGAAUUGUCACCCAGGCUGGAGUGCAGUGGUACAAUCAUGGCUCAUUUCACCUCAAACUCCUGGGCUCCAGUGAUCUUCCCGCCUCAGACCCCAAUGGAGCUGGGACUACAGAUCCAACUUUCUGGAAUACUGAAGUAAGAAAAGCAGACGAGUUCAAAGAAAUGUAUUCUGUUGACAUGACAGAUGGAGUUUUGCUCUUGUCACCCAUGCUGGCAUGCAAUGGCAUGAUCUCAGCUUACUGCAACUUUCACUUCCCGGGUUCAAGCGAUUCUCCUGCCUCAGCCUCCUGAAUAGCUGGGACUACAGACGCACACCACCAUGGCUGGCUAAUUUUUGUGUUAUUAGCAGAGACGCUGUUUUGCCACGUUGGCCAGGCUGGUCUUGAACUCCUGACCUUGUGACUCCCCAUCUCGGCCUCUCAAAGUGCUGGGAUUAUAGGUGUGAGCCACCAUGCCCAGGCUUAACUUUUUUUCUAAACAGAGCUGGCUAGAGUGAGAGGGUAAAAGAGAUAAAAUAUGAGACAGGAAGUAUGCUUGCUGCAAUCUCAAUUUACAAUGUAAAAAUAAUAGUUAAUUGGAGAGAGAAUGUUCUUCUUCUGCACAUUGACUCAAAAUGUAUCACUUACAGCUAUCCAAAAAAUUCAAGCUUAAGCUAGAGAGGGAAGUCUACAAUGGCAUUUCUAAAACAAAAACCAAACCCAAGGAAGUAUGCCAGAUACAAGUAACAAUCAGAUUCGUAUUUGGUUCAACCAAAUAGUCUUUAUAGAUUCCUUCUAAAAUGAAGUAUUCAUGACUAACAUUAGUAUAUCUAUCUAGUAAUACAGAAUUCACUGCUAGAUUUUGAUGAUAUCUAUAACCCUGAUAGAGUCUCCCUUUAAAUCAUCUUUCUCCUCUUAAUGUUUGCGGAUUUUGAAUUCUAAUCACAAAUUAAAUAAACUGUUUCUGUUCAAAAGGAAGUCUAGCUCAAACAUUAAAAACAAACAUUCAAAAAAUAAUCCACUGGCGUUUGGACAAGUUUGUUCCUGAAGAACUAGCCCUAUAGUUUGAUUUGACCCAAGGCAUUCUGCUGCAGAAAGGUAAGGUUUGGAGGAGGGGUGUCCAAUCUUUUGGCUUUCCUGGGCGGCAAUGGAAUAAUUGUCUUGGGCCAUGCAUAACAUACACUAACACUAAUGACAGCUGGUGAGCUAAGAAAAUAAAGAAUGAGGAAAAAAAAACCUCACAGUGCUUUAAGAAAACUUAUGAAUUUGUGGUGGGCCAUAUUUAAAGUCAUCCUGGACAGCAUGCAGCCUAUGGGUUGUGGGUUGGACAAGCUUGGUUUAGAGAUAUUUAUUAGUACAUGGGGAAGAAUAAAUAUAGUUU